UCUAACAUGUACAAGUGUAUUGAUUCUUGAGUUUGGCAAAAGCUUGAAGAGCAAAAUCAAUAAUUUUUCAAGGCUUAUUAUUGAGGUUGCGGCUGAAGGACCAAAUAAAUGAGUUCAACAGGUUGCUUAAGGAAUAAGCUGAGUUAAGUCUCUAUGAUUUCCUCAAAAUCUAUCUUGCUAUGUCUCUAACCAAUCCAAUGCAGCUGUGAAGCCAAAGAAUAUGAGACAUUCCACCUUACAUGAUGUGUUUAAUAAUGGCAGAUCGUCGCUGAACACAACUAUGCACGAUUUGACUCAGAUAUCUGCUCGCGGCAAUAGUAUUAACAUAACACCGAGCAUGCUUUCAUCUCAACCCGGAUAUUCGGGUAGUCCUCCUAACAUUUUUGGUCAUGAUGGAACUAUCUUGGAAGUAUGCCCAACAAUUGGUGAUGCAACGAUUACAUCAUUUAAUAGUGUUGAAUCAAACUCCCAUUUUAUGAAUGGAGCACUCGUGGACUCAGAUGUUUCAUCAUUUGGAUUUUUGGGGCAUAUUUCUAGAAACUUCAGUGUUCCAGAUCUGACUGCUGAUCUUCUUCAGAGUUCUGGUUGAACAACACCCCUAAAAUGAAGUGUCUAUACAUAGAAGUUUAGAAGUUUAGCAGUUUGACAGACUAUGAAAAUCCAACUCUUCGGUGAACGUGUGUAUAGGAAUUCACUAA